CAGGAAGUAUCUGUAACAGUGUUUAUUCAGGGAUGGCUCGUACCAAGCAGACUGCUCGCAAGUCGACCGGAGGAAAAGCUCCACGAAAACAAUUGGCGACGAAAGCAGCUCGUAAGAGUGCACCGUCUACCGGAGGUGUUAAGAAGCCGCAUCGUUAUCGUCCGGGCACCGUUGCUUUGCGUGAGAUCCGUCGUUAUCAAAAGUCAACCGAGUUGCUGAUCCGCAAAUUACCGUUCCAGCGUCUAGUACGUGAAAUUGCUCAGGAUUUCAAAACAGAUUUGCGUUUCCAAAGUGCAGCUGUUGCUGCUUUGCAAGAAGCUAGCGAAGCGUACCUGGUUGGAUUGUUUGAAGAUACCAAUUUGUGUGCUAUUCAUGCAAAACGCGUCACAAUCAUGCCGAAGGACAUCCAACUGGCCCGGCGCAUCCGAGGCGAACGAGCCUAAUUGAUGCAAUUCAAAACUGUAACAAACGGCCCUUUUAAGGGCCACCAUAACGUAUUGAGAGAGUUAAUUUGAUAUAUUCCAAGCGGCGUCAUUAAACUUCGCAUUUUUGGUGAUAAACCCGCCUUGUCACAAACACAUGCUUACACGAAGUAAAAAAAUGGCGGUGAAGCGUUAGAAUAUUGAAUUAGUUUUCAUCGUUUGUAAACAAGUCAAUUUGUCUUGUAAAGUUCUGAUAAUAUGUUCUUGACUUGAAGAAAGAUGGACAGAUGAAUAUUUGGCGACGCUGGUGUCGAUUAAUUCUUUAUACAUACGUAUAGGAUAUAAUAUAUUUCGUAUAGGACGCUAGCAGCAUUUACACGCCAGAUUCUUCUCAUCUCGCUUGAAACAAACCAGAUUUUGCAGAAGCAGUUUUCUCAUCUUUACCUUGAAUAAAUCGUGUAAUAAGCCGAAAAGUGUAAUUCAAAAGUUUUGCUCAAGUAAAUAUAAACUUCGCAUCUAGGUA